AAUAAAGCCCCCGAUGCACAUGUUCCGAAGCUCGACCGCUCAUCAUCAAAGGCGCUAUUUUGGCUGACCCAACCGUAAGUUGGGGGUUCGUUUUCUUACUCUCUAAUGCGAGCCGUUGUUGUACUGAGCGUUGGAAUCAAGUCAAGCUAUGACCGACGACUCACUACCGUCCACUUUAUUCCGACGGGGAACAUCGUUCUCCGCGACGACCGCCUCAACUAGUUUUGAUCCUGUCAAGGGUUACCCGCAACUUGCCCAUGAAGUGGGCACCGAACCGAGUUGGCUCAUCUUUCGUCGUUUCUCAGUACUAAAUGCACGCAAUCUGCUCUACUAUCAGGCGGAGCUUGUGCAGCUUGAGCAUGAGUUGAAUGAACUGGAAGCAAGAAGCGACGGAAAGGAGGAUGGCGAAUCCCACCAUCUAGAAGUUGCUAGAUUGAUGAAUUCGGAGCCCGGGUCUCUAGGGUACAAGCAAUGGCAAAAAGUCCAAGAGAUUCGUGGUAAACUUGAACAUUACAGUAUCACCUCCACGACAUCCAUUAAUGCCAGCAAAUAGUCCUAACGGCAAGCGGUAGAUUCAUUAUUACUUCAACAUGCGAAGCUGUGCAAGCUUCCACCCCCGAAUGUGGCAGAUUUUCGCGAAUUACACAAAUUCAUCCACGGAGUCUACGGUUGCAAAUGGAUGCGAUCUCCAGAAGACUCAAUCUGGGAAA